CAGUGCUCUGUGCAGAAGCUAUGGAGGAGCCGCCAUCCCGCCGCCUGGUGCUCAAGAACAGGAGGGCGACCCUGGAGAGGGUGGAGAAGUUUAUCUCCGAGCUGUACUUCACCGACUGCAACCUGCGGGGGAGAUUGUACGGCACGACGUGUCCAGUGGAUUCUCUCUCCUACUUUCUGACAGAGAAGAGGAUCUCCUAUCACGACGCUGUGAAGCGGGACUUUCAGACGGCUCAUGUUGGACAAACCUUUGGCCCGACGUGGUGGACCUGCUGGUUUAAAGUCCAGAUUGUUAUUCCCAAAGAAUGGUCAGGACAGGAGGUUCAUCUCAUAUGGGAAAGCGAUGGUGAGGGAUUGGUAUGGAAGGAUGGCAUGCCAGUCCAGGGUCUGACAAAGGAGGGUGAAAAGUCCUCCUUUAUUUUAUCUCGCCAUCUGAAAGCAGAAGAUCCACGAAGCAUGACCCUGUACAUCGAGGUGGCUUGUAAUGGUCUUUUUGGAGCUGGUCAAGGAGGUAUGAUUGCUCCCGUUGAUCCCAAAAAAACAUUUACCCUACAAAGAGCUGAGCUUGCCAUUUUCAACCGUGAUGUAGAAGAACUUCUUCUGGACUUUGAGAUUUUGUAUGAUAUGGCCAGGUUGCUUGGUGAGGAUAACCAAAGAAGCUUCCAAGCUCUGUAUGUGGCUAAUGAAAUGGUCAAUUUAUGUGAUGUCAAUGAUCCAGACACCUUUGCCGCUGUCCGCAACUUGUCCUCCAAAUUCUUCAGCCAGAAGAACGGUGACAGCCAGCACACUAUCCAUGCAAUGGGGCACUGCCACAUCGAUUCAGCAUGGUUGUGGCCAUAUGAAGAAACCAUUAGAAAAUGUGCUCGCAGUUGGGUUACUGCUGUACAGCUGAUGACAGAAAAUCCAGAUUUCACCUUUACAUGCUCUCAGGCUCAGCAGCUGGAUUGGGUGAAAACGUGGUAUCCUGGAUUAUAUUCACAGAUUAAAGAAUUUGUGAAACUUGGCCAGUUCAUACCGGUCGGUGGAACAUGGGUCGAAAUGGAUGGAAACCUUCCCAGUGGCGAGUCCAUGGUGCGCCAGUUCCUGCACGGUCAGCUCUUCUUUCAAGAAGAAUUUGGCAGUAUGUGUUCUGAGUUCUGGCUUCCAGACACUUUCGGAUACUCUGCUCAGCUGCCGCAGUUGAUGAACGGCUGUGGGAUCCACCGCUUCCUCACUCAGAAAUUAAGUUGGAGUCUGGUGAAUGCUUUUCCUCAUCAUACCUUUCACUGGGUAGGCAUUGAUGGCUCAAAGGUCCUUGCUCAUUUCCCUCCAGGGGACUCUUAUGGGAUGAAGGGUACAGUGGAAGAGAUGCUUAAAACUGUGAGAAACAACAGGGACAAGGGUCGUGUCAACUGCGGUAUCGCCCUCUAUGGGUACGGUGAUGGAGGUGGAGGUCCAACCGAGAAAAUGGUGGGACGACUAAGUCGGAUGAAAGAUACAGACGGUUUGCCCAGAGUUCAGCUGUCCACCCCUGAUCAGUUCUUCUCCGCGUUGGAAGCCGACACGUCUCAGCUCUGCUCCUGGGUUGGAGAACUGUUUCUUGAGCUGCACAAUGGAACAUACACCACACAAGCUCAGAUCAAGAAAGGGAACAGACAAUGUGAGCAGUUACUCCAUGACGUGGAAUUCCUCAGCUCUCUAGCCCUGGCCCAGGACAAGAGCUUCAAUUACCCAAGUGCUAGGCUUCAGCAUCUCUGGAGGUUAUUGCUUUUGAACCAGUUCCAUGAUGUGCUCCCCGGGAGCUGCAUCCAGCUGGUGGUUGAAGAUGCCUUGAGAUAUUAUGAAGAAAUCAGAACAGAAGGAGCUAAGCUUCUCAGUGAAGCGCUGCAGUCACUACUGAAGACUCCGUCCCAGCCGCCGGCGACCGGUCAAGCAUUCACCGUCAUAAACACUUUGCCAUGGGAGCGCACAGAGGUUAUUUCCAUACCAGGGGCAGAGGAGCAGCGUUUGGGACUUGUAAGAGUGCCCAGUAUGGGCUAUGCUGUGUCACCUGAAGAAGUGAAUCCAGAUUCGCCCGUCACCGUUGUCAUGCAGGGUGAUGGUUCUGUAACUAUGGAGAAUGGAAUCCUUCACGCCAACAUUGAUUCAAUGGGACGACUGAGAUCACUAAAGCUCUUAUCCAGCAACAGAGAGUCCAUCCCCACAGCUUGUUACGGGAACCAGUUUGUGCUGUUUGAUGACAUUCCCCUAUACUGGGAUGCUUGGGAUGUGAUGGAUUAUCAUCUGGAGACCAGGAAACCUGUAACCAGUAUCUUGACUAAACUAGAGAUCAGCAGUAAUGGCGGGCUGAGAGGGGCUGUGAAGUUUAGUUUGAAAAUAAGCGCACACAGUAGCAUUGUGCAAGAGAUAAUCCUCGAGGCAUCAAGUCCAUGCAUCAGAUUUAAUACUAAGGUAACCUGGGGUGAAGCACAUAAAUUUUUGAAAGUUGAAUUUCCUACUACGGUUCACAGUACAAAUGCAACAUAUGAGAUCCAGUUUGGACAUUUACAGAGACCGACUCAUCGCAAUACUUCUUGGGACUGGGCCCGAUAUGAGGUUUGGGCGCAUCGGUGGAUGGAUCUGUCAGAACACGGCUUUGGAAUAGCUGUUCUAAAUGACUGUAAAUAUGGUUGUUCGGCGCUUGGGAACGUUCUCAGCCUUUCAUUACUGAGAGCACCAAAGUCUCCUGAUGCUACGGCUGAUAUUGGACAUCAUGAGUUUUCCUAUGCACUUAUGCCUCAUGAGAGAUGUUUUCAAGAAGCUGGUGUAAUUCAGUAUGCAUACAACUUUUGUAUGCCUCUUCUCACCACCACAGCAUUACCUACACAGAAAUCUUGGAGCGCUUUUACUGUUCUUUCUCCAGCCAUAGUGUUGGAGACUGUCAAACAAGCAGAGAAGCAGCCGGACUCUCUUGUACUGAGGCUGUACGAGUCCUAUGGGAGCACUGUAGAUACCUGGCUGCAGACCUCUCUCCCGGUUAAAGAGGUUUUCUUGUGUGACCUCCUGGAACGUCCCAGCAGCAGCCAGCCACUUAUGUUUGAGGAUCUUGGUGUGAAACUUUCCUUUACCCCAUUCAAGGUUUUAUCUCUUCUCUUUGUUCUGCAGAGAUAGAGAACUCUAUAAUAUUUUAUGAUCUCUGUUAGAUCUCAUCUUUAUGAAUAUUUCGCCUUAGAUUGGACCAAAGUAAUUUUCUUUAGUAAUGUGCUAUAGCAAUGAUGCUGACAGAUUGGUAAAAAAAAUCUACAAAAUAAAUGUUCCAGUUUGUAACACAAACAUUUGAUUUAAUUUGAUUUUAUUCAACUUUAUUGUCAUUACACAUGUAUAAAUACAGAGUAACGAGAUACAGAUUGCAUCUAAUCAGAAGUGCAAAGAGCAGCAAGUGCAAUAAAAACAGGUUACGGUAUAUACAGAUAAGGGUAGUAUAGAAGGCGGGAAUAGUUAUGUACAGAUUAUGUACAAAUAAGUUAGGUAUACAGGUGUUUAUAUUGCUAUACAGAGAGCAAAUAUACAGA